UAAUGAACGUGGCAUGAGCUUUAAUUCUUAGUUUAAUGAAAGGUCAAAGCACGCACCCCAGAAUGAGAAAAGAAAGGAGAUCCCCCUCCCCUCCCAUUUUCCCACCCCCACUCAUUGUCUUGCGCUCAAAUGGGAUGCCCAAUGAGCACUUACACAUAAAGAAAUGGAAUUAUGCAGAAUCAAUGCAGGGUGAUGCUCUCAGCUGCCUCUGUCGCGUGCGUAUACAAUUCAAAGUCAAUGGUCCUCGUCUCUUUAGCGAUCCGAUCUGUUUGGUUCAGUUGGCCGCCCUUUGACAUGUCUAAGUCCCGAGGUGAUGAGAUGGCUGGUAAGCCCUUUGUAGCUUUCUGUGGAAUUCCAAUUCGGAAGAACCGGUCCAAAAUGGAGGAGUCGUGGUGCUCAAGGAAGUGACGAAGGAGCACCGCCGUUUCAUUGUCAGCUGCAUAUCAAGCACACGGUAUUGAAAGGAGCGGGUUGCAUUAGUAACAUCAUGAUGGCUCAAUGCCAUUAAGCUCCUCACUUUUUCACAACCAGCAAGAUCUUGCAUAGUGGAUAUGCACCGGUGUGGCCCAAGCGAUGCAGAGGAAGCAGUGACCACCUACAACUGGGACAGCAAUUGAUUGACUUCCAUCACGUCCACGCUCAUCCCCAUUAUGUCUUUAACAAAACCCGAAACUCUUCCUCACGGUCAAACUUUUUUUUUUUUUAAUUAUACUGCGCCAGUGAUGUCUAUAAAUCUCGUGCACUGUCUUCGAAGUCCCGAGAAUCUGGCGCUAGUAAGCAAUGGGAAAAAUGCCUCUCUCUUCUCGCGCCGUCGCUUUCGCCUUCUCCUCUAACGUGCUCUGUCUACAAGCAAUGGUCUUGCUCUUUCAUCUGAUCUCUCUCUCUCUCUGUGCUUUCUGAGGUGGGUUGUGCGGAGCUUAUAAUAAGUCCAAUUAUAUCUUAGUUGCUUAUAUUGGUUUUCGUGUGUUUGUUGGGUUGUUUCAGGAUUGAAAUGGAUGAAACAGUUCAUUGCUGAUCAAAAAGCUUUGUUCUUGAUACUCUCGUGGAAGACCCUAUUAAUUUUUUUUUUCUGGGUUGGGACUGGAAAAUCCAAAAAUGGUGGCGUUGCAGAGGAAUCUCUGGGUGGCUCUAGUAUCGAUCAUAGGGAUUCUGGGAGCAUUUUCUUGCACUGUGGAUGGCGUGCCGCGUCGGAUUCUUUUGGACACUGACGUUGAUACAGAUGAUUUCUUUGCUCUCUUGUACCUCCUGAAACUCAACAGAUCAGAAUUUGAACUUGAGGCGGUCACCAUUAACACGAAUGCAUGGACUGAUGCGGGCCAUGCCGUGAAUCAAAUUUACGACAUUCUUUACAUGAUGGAUCGUGACGACAUCCCUGUUGGUGUGGGAGGGGAAGGGGGUAUACUGGAAAAUGGAACCAUUCUCCCUAAUGUUGGAGGAUAUCUUCCCAUGAUUGAGCAGGGUCUUUCGACAGCAGGAUAUUGCAGAUACAGACAAGCAAUUCCUAUAGGCCUUGGAGGUCGAUUGGAUAUUGACUCGAACUAUGGAAUCAGAAAGGCAUUUCUUCCCCAGGGAAACAGAAAAUAUUCACCUCUCCAGCAGCCAACAGCUCAGCAGGUUUUGAUCAAUAAAAUAUCUGCGGGGCCCAUCUCUGUUUUCAUAAUAGGAGCGCACACGAAUUUUGCCCUUUUUCUCAUGAGUAAUCCGCAUUUGAUGAAGAACAUUGAGCAUAUUUAUGUAAUGGGUGGUGGCGUGAGGUCGAAGAACCCGACCGGUUGCUGCCCAUCGAAUUCUACCUCAACUUGCCAGCCUCAGCAAUGUGGCGACCCCGGUAAUUUGUUCACAGAUUACACCAGCAAUCCUUAUGCAGAGUUCAAUGUGUUUGGAGAUCCUUUUGCAGCUUAUCAGGUGAUUCAUUCCGGUAUUCCAGUGACCCUUGUGCCUCUGGAUGCAACAAACACGAUACCAAUAAGUCAGGAGUUCUUUGACACUUUUGAGCAAAGUCAAAGUACUUAUGAGGCACAAUACUGCUUCCAGUCCUUGAAAAUGGCUCGCAAUACGUGGUUUGAUGACCAAUUCUAUACGAGCUAUUUCAUGUGGGACUCCUUUACAUCUGGUGUAGCGGUCUCAAUAAUGAAGAACGGGCAUAAUAACAAUGGGGAGAAUGAAUUUGCAGUGAUGGAGUACAUGAAUAUAACUGUGGUUACUUCGAACCAACCUUAUGGGAUAUCGGAUGGAUCGAACCCGUUCUUCAACGGACUCAAAGUUCCAAAGUUUCAUUUAAAAAAGGGCGGCGUGCAUAGUGGUCACGUACAGACAGGACUUCGUGACCCGUUUUGUACCGUGAAAAAUAGCAAAGGAAAAUGCAAGGAUGGUUACACAGAAGAGACCACUGGUCCAGAGUCAGUGCGUGUUCUCGUUGCAACAAGGGCCAAACCUAAUCGGGAUGGCAAGAGCCCACUCGAUAGAGAGUUUUUCAGAAGCUUUUUGGAUGUUUUAAACAACCCUCUACAGGCAGGGAGGUUCAACUUUACAACCCAAUUUCCUUACUACAAGCAAGUUCUUUAUAAACCAGAUUUGAGGACUAAAAAGCUGGGAAAGCCCGUAAUCUUUGACAUGGAUAUGAGUGCGGGAGAUUUUAUUGCCCUGUUUUAUCUUCUCAAAGUUCCUUUGGAAGUAAUCGAUCUCAAGGCAAUACUAGUAAGUCCUACGGGAUGGGCAAAUGCAGCAACGAUCGAUAUCAUAUAUGACAUGCUACACAUGAUGGGUCGAGACGACAUUCCAGUCGGUCUGGGUGUGUUUGCACUGAAUCAGUCCGAUGCCAUAUCUUCAGCAGUUGGUGACUGCAAGUAUGUCAAGGCCAUCCCACACGGGAGUGGUGGUUUACUCGAUUCAGACACUCUCUAUGGAUUGGCUCGUACUUUGCCCCGAAGCCCCAGAAGAUACUCGGCAGAGAAUUCGAAAAAAUUUGGAGCUCCUCGAGAUACCGAUCACCCCGAACUCAGGCAACCAUUAGCUCUGGAGAUCUGGGACUCGGUUGUAAGCUCGCUGAAGCCGAGAUCAAAGAUAACCAUAUUGACGAACGGACCUUUGACAAAUUUAGCGAAUAUUAUUUUAGCGAAUGCAACUGCAAGCCACUUCAUUCAGGAUGUAUACAUCGUUGGAGGGCACAUCAACCGCAGUAUCUCAGACAGAGGAAAUGUGUUCACAAUUCUCUCUAACAGAUAUGCAGAACUUAAUAUGUUCCUCGACCCGCUGGCUGCGAAGAAAGUCUUUGACUCUGACAUAAAUGUGACACUAAUUCCCCUUGGAGUCCAGCGCAGAAUCAGCCUGUUUUCCAAGGUCCUCAAAGGACUAGACAAGACAGAGAGAACACCAGAAGCUCAAUUUGUCCACCGCCUUCUCUCGAGGCUAGGCCAGCUGAAGAAAAAUAACCACAGAUAUUACCAUAUGGAUAUAUUCUUGGGUGAAGUCCUUGGUGCAGUGAUCUUGGCCGGUGAUCAUAGCUCUUUAAAGCCAAUCUUCUCCAUCAAGCCCAUCAAAGUAUUUGCUGAAGGUGUCGAAUCCAAAGACGGGUACACCUACAUUGACAAUGCAGGGAAAUCAGUGAAACUAUUGGAAAAUGUGGAUCCUCGGGCUUUCUAUGACCUAUUUUCACAACAACUUGGCAAUGAGAAGCAGUCUGCCGUAAUUGGAAGCUUUGAUGACCAGAAAAGAAUGUGGAGCACACCUUCAAAUCGGACAGAAAAUUCAUCGUAACAUCCUGUUCUUAUUGACGUUCUGCAACUAUAGGAAACAAAAAGUGUCCAUUUUUAGUCUUAAGAUAGAACAGAUUCACUAGCAAUUGUGAUUUCCUUCAUAGAAAAAGCUUAAAACUGUCACAUCUCCAAAUUACAGUGUUUGUUAUGCUUUGCUAUCCAUCUCAAUGUAAAGAAACAACUUGUCACAUAAAAGGGACAAGAAACAUACGCUUACCAAUACAUGAAUAAUAAAUCUGCCAAAAUCUGAUUUUGUCCA